AUGUAUUUGAAUCAUUUCAGUUUCGUGCUAGUGCUUGUUACAGUUUCUGCAUCCUAUUUUGAUGCAGAAUUACCGUUAUACCUGAGUGAUGACAUUAUUAUUUCGAAGUUACCGAGCAUAUCAGAGAAAUCGACUAUUUACAAAAUUGAAAAACGUGAUGUAGGCGUAGCCGCAGAACAAAAAACUAAAACUAACCUUAAUGAAAAAGAGGACGAAAAAAAUAAAGAUAGUGAAAUAGAAGACGAAGAAGAAUCUGGUCUUGUUUUUAUCCCAUCAUUUGGAAGAAGGUAUAGAAGAGCAGUAAGCAAGCAAGACAUUGCUAGUGAAGAGAAAACAAAGGAAAAAACUGGCCAAAAUAAAAAAAUCGACAGUGAAGUCGAAAACGGUCAAGAAUCAGGACUAGUAUUCCUUCCAUCCUUUGGCAGAAGAUCGAGGAGAUCUGUUCAUCAGAAGCAAGAAAACGAAGAUCUUCUGGAUUCAGAAAGUAACAUUGUUUUCCUACCUUCCUUCAAAAGAAAUGGUUUCAGGAGAACCAGAAGAGAUAUAGAUAAUACCUAUUAUCGUCAUUUUACCAAACGAUCUGCUCCAGCGCAAAAUGAGGAUGGCAAUAAGAAAAAGGAAACGGAAUCUUCGAUAACUGAAAAAAAUGAGGAAUUAUCUGAUAGCGACACCGUAAACGGACAAGAAUCCGGUUUGGUAUUUCUUCCUUCUUUCGGUAGGCGAUCUAGAAGAAGUAUAACAGAAAACCGUUCAACAUUACCAUCAACCAUAAAAAAAGUUGAACAAAACACCCAAGCAGGAAAUAAACCAAAGACUUCUGCCACAAAAACUAAAAGAGAAGUUGAAACUAAAAACUCUGGAAAGAAGGAAACAAAAAUUGACGAAUCCGAUGAUGAUAAAGAUGAUGAACUCGAGGAAGAAUCAGGCUUAGUUUUUAUACCAUCUUUCGGAAGGAGGCAGCGCAGAGAUACGUCUUCUCUCAGCUCAUCUGGGAAGACUAACGUUCCUUCUGUACAAAAAGACGAUGAACAACCCAAAAAAACCUUAUCUACUCAGGAAUCGGGAUUGGUAUUUCUUCCAUCGUUCAAUAGAAGAACAAGGAGAAAUGUUCCACUUGAAAAUAAAAACAAAUCUAAUGAUAAAUCUGACGAUCCAAAGAAAAACGAUGAGGAAGAACAAGAAUCGGGAUUAGUGUUUUUGCCAUCUUUUGGAAGAAGAACCUGA